AUGCCGGCCAGACUCCCACCAGGCAUACCUCGAAGCUUCACUUCUUCAGCCCGACCUCGGUCCUUGUCUUCACCCAAAUCCCGGCCAUUCACAACAAGACAAAACAUUGAAUACCCCAGGCCUCUUUCAUUUUCACGUCCUGUUGUCACUCAUAGACUAGACGGCGCCCACAACACUAAAUCAGCCAUGGAGCCCGGCAAAGCCCUGACAAAUGGAGCAUCAACCCCAAAGCCUGUUCUGUUCUUUGACAUUGACAACUGCCUGUAUCCGAGAAGUUCAAAGGUCCAGGACCACAUGGCGCAGCUGAUUGACGAGUAUUUCGCAAAGCACCUCUGCCUCAACUGGGACGACGCUGUGAAAUUACAUAAGGAGUACUACACCAACUACGGCCUCGCAAUCGAAGGCCUGGUCCGACACCAUCAGAUCGACCCCUUAGAGUACAACUCAAAGGUCGACGACGCCCUACCCCUUGAGGAAAUCCUCAGUCCGAACCCCGAGCUGCGCGAGCUACUCGAGGAUAUCGACAAGAGCAAGUGUACCAUGUGGCUCCUGACCAAUGCCUACGUCAACCACGCCAAACGCGUGAUUAAGUUGCUAGGUAUUGAAGACCUCUUUGAAGGCCUCACUUUCUGCGACUACGCACAGGCGCCGCUUGUCUGCAAGCCUGCCAAGGAGAUGUACCUGAGGGCCAUGCGGGAAGCGGGUGUCGACAAGAUGGAGGACUGCUACUUUGUCGACGACUCUUAUCUGAACUGCCAAAAGGCCCAGGGCUAUGGCUGGAACGUAGCGCACCUUGUCGAGGAGGAUCUUCCCGUGCCGAAGACACCCGCAUCCGCGCAUCAGAUCCGUCACCUCAGGGAGCUGCGAGACGCCUUUCCCCAAUUCUUCAAGUCCAAGAAUGCUUAG